GUCUUCUUCCUCAAGAGCUAGUUUCAAAAGUGCUUACGAUCCAACAAAGCUAUAUCUUCUUACAGGAAUACUUCCCUAUACACGGAUUAGCAGUCUUCCCAGACACUCAGUGAAGCCAACCCCGCUGUAAGUAAUGAGCCCCGCAGAAGGUGUAACCGCCGACGAGAAGAAACGCUUGCGCCGUGAGAAGCUCGCGGCGUGGAAAAAGAAGAAGGAGGCGGAGGCGGCGAAGCUCCCUGAGACAGUGACUAACGCCCCAGCGUUCCAUGGCAUCAAGAAGCUCACAUUAAAGCGCGUUUCGGCAAAGUCCGUGUUUGGUGAUGCCGCUGACGAGGCCGACCAGCCCGCCAGGAAGAUGAAACUUCUAAGUUUCAAGGAUGAGGAGAACGAUGAAAUGAACGGUGGUGGUCACAGCAAUGGUGAUGCCAAAGAUGGAGAUGAUAUCGACCCUUUUGAUGCCUUUAUGUCCACGAUUGCAGAUAGUUCCACGGCUUCGGGCCAAAUCCUUGAGAGCGAUGAAGAAAUCGAAACGGAAGCGGUUGCAGGAGAAACUCCGGAGGAGCUUCUAGCGAAACUCCAACAGCGUAAGAAGAAGGAACUCCCGCGGGUGGACCACUCCAAAAUGGCCUACGAGCCAUUCCGCCGACAAUUCUAUACGGAGCCGGCUUCCACCGACUUCGAGGUUGACCCCACUUUACUCGGCAUAAAAAUCCGCGGAGUGGGGUGCCCGAGACCGAUUCAACACUGGUCGCAGCUUGGACUCCCCCUCCAGAUGACCCACAUCAUCGAACAGGCGGGCUACACCGCGCCCACGCCUAUCCAGGCACAGUCGCUUCCCGCGAUAAUGGCCGGAAGAGAUGUUAUCGGAGUCGCCAAGACCGGCUCGGGAAAAACCGUGGCCUUCCUCCUCCCAAUGUUCCGCCACAUCGCGGACCAGCGGCCACUAGCGAAGAACGAAGGACCAAUCGCACUUAUCAUGACCCCCACCAGAGAGCUUGCCACGCAAAUCUUCCGUGAGUGCCGGCCGUACCUCCGCGCACUAAACCUCAGGGGAGUCUGCGCUUACGGGGGCUCGCCAAUCCAGGAACAGAUUGCUGACUUGCGGCGCGGGGCUGAGGUUGUCAUUUGCACGCCAGGCCGCAUGAUUGACCUCCUUGCAGCGAAUGGGGGCCGUGUCACCAACGUCCAUCGCGUCUCGUACCUUGUCUUAGACGAGGCCGACCGCAUGUUUGACAUGGGCUUUGAGCCACAGAUUACGCGGAUAAUACAGAAUGUACGGCCUGAUCGUCAAACAAUUUUGUUUUCGGCCACAUUUCCGCCAAAGAUGGAGGCGCUCGCGCGGCGUAUCUUGCGCAAGCCAGUGGAGAUUAUCGUCGGCGAGCGCAGCGUGGUGGGGUCAGAUAUCGCCCAGGAGGUUGAAGUUGUUGCUCAACAGACUGACAAGUUUGUGCGGUUGCUCUCGCGGAUUGGGAAAUUCUUCAGCGACGAUUCGCAGGGCAAGGUGUUGGUAUUUGUGGACCGCCAGGACGCUGCGGACGGGCUCUUCCACGCGUUAAUGAAGCGGGGUUACCCUUCCGUGACGAUCCACGGGGGAAGAGAGCAGAUCGACCGUGACGCCGCGAUCCAGGACUUUAAAAAUGGAGUGUACAACAUCAUGAUUGCGACAUCUGUCGCGGCCAGAGGGUUGGACGUCAAACAGCUACGGUUGGUGGUGAACUACGACGCUCCCAACCACAUGGAGGAUUAUGUUCAUCGUGUGGGCCGCACAGGCCGCGCCGGUAUGAAGGGAACGGCGCUAACGCUCUUGACCGAGGACCAAGAGCGCAAUGCGACAGAUAUCGCCAAGGUGAUGCGAUUGUCGGGCGUGGAGGUUCCGGCGGCGGUCCGCGCCAUGAGCGACCGUUUCCUCGAGAAGUUCAAGUCGGGGAAGGAGCAGUACGGGUCUGGCUUCGGGGGCAAGGGCUUGGAGAAGUUGGAGAAGCUCCGCAACGAAUCCCGCACGGUAGAGCGGAGGGCCUAUGGGGAGGACGAUAAGGAAGAAAAGACACCUGUGGUGGAAGCGGAAGUUCAGACGUUUGAUAUUGUGUUCGGGAAGGCUCCGCUGACUUCCGGGCUGCUGACAAGCGCGUUCGAUGCGCGGAUCUGCAUCAAUGACCUUCCGCAGAAGGCCCGCUGGGUCGUUUCUCAGAGCUACAAGAAGGUGUCUGAGGAGGCCAGUGUGUCGAUUACCGUUCGUGGGCGGUUCUACGCGGAGAACCAGACCCCGAAACCCGGUGAAGAGCCCAAGUUGUAUGUGUUGAUUGAAGGCGAGACGGAACGGAGCGUGGAGAAAGCUGUGGCAUUGUUGAAGGAGGCAAUGAUCGAAGGGAUCAACAUGGCCGCAACCGAGGAGGCCCGUGCCCCAGCAACCAGGUACAAGGUUUAACAAGUUCGGGUGAAAGACCCGCGAUGGUGGAAGGAUGUGUCAAUGUCGGGUUUUUCUCCCGUGAUUCAUUACCGCUUCUGGAGUUUGUAAUUAUCCAAUUGUGGAAUGCGAUCCAUUCAGCAGGUUUUACUAGCCUAGCUGCGUUUUAGACAAAACCUGGUGUCAAAUUUUGGACGUUACUAGAUGGACGAAGAUAGUUAAUACAUUUUAAGGAAGCAGUGUAUAAUGUCAGUAAUACAUAGAUGCUCAAGUCAACUAAUUGACUUGUCGGUAAA